AUGUUGUAUGAGAUGAUUGGGAUAGUACGACCCGGCAAUCUCGUCGAGGUAAAAGAAAUCGUCACGGUGGCCGGCCAGCUCGUUCUCAAGCAGGGCGGCGUGAUCCGCUCCAUCAACAACUGGGGCGUCUUCACGCUGCCGCGCGCCAUCUCCAAGAACCAGGCGCUCCACCACAACGGACACUACUUUGUGAUGCGGUACGAUGCGAGCACCAAGACGCAGCAGGAAGUGUGUGACGCACUGAGGCUGGACCCGCGCAUGAUCCGUUCGACGAGCGUGAAGCUGGGCGAUGGGAAGCUGGAUACGAUGUCGAGGUUUGGCCAGAUCGACUGGCUGACUAGCUCCUGA